AAUAGGGAAAUAGUAAUGGAAAACAUUUUUGGAGAAGGUUUGAGUAACAGGAUAUAAAUAUAUAAUUUCUUCACCCCUCCAUCCUCCUGGCUUGGGGGAGUCAAGAGCAGAAUCCAGGCGAGCUGGACACGCAGCGCUGGCCGAAGAGAGGGCUCGUUGGGCGGGGUGGAAAAAGAAGAAUCCUCGGUUAGUCUAACCGGAGUGCGGAUCUGCUCCUUCCACACACCAGCUCCCUUCAAUGAAGCUCCUUCCACUUGGAUAUUUUCAUCUGAAGAAGACAAGAGUUGAUGAAAGAACACAGAGAAUAUGAAUGAUCCUGAAACUUCCGGAAUAAAACAAGAAGAUGUUGAAGAACGAAUAGACCUGAUCGAAGAGAACAAGGAGAUUGAAGGACUGAUUGAAUUGGCGAAGAAACAUCAUGACGUCAACAUCGAAGAAACACUCACGAGUGCCUCAUGGCCAAGUGGAGAGACAAUAUGUUACAUUUGCCCUCAGUGUGGAAGGAGUUUCUCAUGCGAACAAAGUCUUAAUCUUCACAUACAGUUUCAUAAUGAGGUGAAGCCGUAUGCAUGUGAUCUGUGCGAGAAGAUUUUCUCUAAUAAAGGCAACCUUAAGGAGCACAUGAAAAGGCACACUGGAGAGAGGCCAUACAUGUGUGAUCAGUGCGGGAAGAGUUUUGCGCAUAAAGGAAAUCUUAACGCGCACAUGAAAAUACACACAGGAGAGAAGCCGUAUGCGUGUAAUGAAUGCGGGAAGAGAUUCAAACAAAAGCAAAUAUUCAACGAUCACAUUAAAAUCCACACUGGAGAGAGGCCGCACAAGUGUGCUCAGUGCGGGAGGAGUUUCACACAAAAGGGAGCCCUUAAUGCACACAUGAAAAUCCACACCGGAGAGAAGCCGCAUUCAUGCGAGCAAUGCGGGAAGAGUUUCACACGGAGACAGAACCUUACCGAUCACAUAAAAAUCCACACCGGAGAAAAUCUGCACACUUGUGAUCAAUGUGGGAAGAGUUUCCUAAAGUCAUGCGUUUUAAAAGAGCAUCUGCGUACUCAUUCAAGAGAAAGACUGUUUAACUGUGACCAGUGCAGUAAGAAAUUCUUUAGAGCCGAUGCCUUGAAGGAUCACCUGAGAGUUCACACACAGGAGAAGCCUUACAUAUGUUCCUUUUGCGCAAAGGGUUUUAGACAGAUGGGCAAUUUAAAAAUGCACCAGAAAAGACACAGCGGUGUGAAGGAUCAUAUGUGCACUGAGUGUGGGAAGACUUUCUUUACAGAUUAUGAGCUUAGAGUACACCAGAGCGCUCAUACUGGAGAAAAACCUUAUAAGUGUUCACACUGUGACAAGACCUUUAAACGGCCUGAAUAUCUGAAAAUACAUGAGAGGAUCCACACCGGAGAAAAGCGAUAUCGCUGCGAUUCUUGUGGGAAGAGGUUCACGCAGUUAUCUUCUCUACUCGGUCAUACGAGAAAUGCUUGCUUGAAAUCACAUUUGAUGGGGUCCAAGUUUCCUGUAGAUCAAAUAGUAGAGCAUGGUGCUAGCAAUGCCGAGGUUGAUGGUAUGAUCCCAGCGGAAAGCAACUCAGCAACUGAGAAAAUGUGUGCCUUCAAUGCAAUACAAGUUGUUUUAGAUUAAAGCGUCUCCUAAAUAUAAAAAUGAGCAUAAUGUAACUAUUAGCUUUGCUAGUUUAUUGUUAAACCACUCUAGUCCAAUAUUUCAGUAUUGUAUAAUGAUUAUAUACAUUUUCAUUAUGUCAAAUUUUCAUUCUUACAUCCUUAUUUGGUCUGUUAUUUUGUCAAGUUGGCAAAAUUUUGUUGGUUAUUUGCACAGAGAAAAUUUUUAUAAUACUUCAGUGACUGAAAAUUAACAUGCAGUAAAAAUUGUUAGCUCAAUCAAUAGUUUGAGAUCAUUUUGAAAGGUGUGACUCAAAAAAGUUUAAAUUAGUCUAAUAUUAGUCUCUCAUCUUGUAAAAUUUGAAUAUGUGAAUAUGAAAAUGAAAGUGAAAGUAAAACAUCAAUGCUUUCAAAAGCUGUUUUAGUGCCAUGCAGUUUGAUAUUGAAAUCAUCUAUGUAAUAUUUGUGUAAUUUAUUUUUCUGCUUCAAAUUUUCACAUGAAUUUUUAUAUAUUGUAAAAACAAUGUUAUUUAUUUAGUUUGGGAACUUAUGACUGAAUGUUAUGAUUUUUUAUUCACUGCUUCUUUUGAAGGCUCAUCUAUCAACCAUAUUAUGUUUGCAGUUUGCACUUAAGCAUCUCUUAAAUGUUUCACUUUACUUGAUACUUGUUUACAAUUCAUAUCUUUGUUCUAAAUGUUUUACGUCAAGUUCUAUGUAACAUGUCCAUGAGUCAUGUUAUUUUUUGUAAAAAACUAUUCUGUUAGCGCAGCGUAUUUAUUUGUUUGUUUGGCUUGAUUUAAUUUUUUCCCAUUUAAAAGAAUGGAGAUUUAAGUUUCAUUUUAUUAAUAUGCCAAAGUAUAUUUAUAUUUUGGUCACACUUUACAAUAAGGUUGCAUUAGCAAAUGUUAGUUAAAGUAUUUACUAAUAUAUUAUUAAAAUCCAAAUUCCCUCUUAACAUUAUUUAAUCACUGUAAGUUAACAUGAACUAACUUUAUUCCCAUUAACUAAUAUUAACAAAGAUUAAUAAACAUGGUAAUAAGUCUAUCGUUCAUUGUUUAUUUAUGUAAGUAAAUACAUAACUUAUAUUAGUAGUAAACUAACAUUAACUAGUACAACCGCAUUGUAAAGUGUUACCUUAAUUUUUUAAGUUAUAUGUUUUAAGUUAAUGCAUUGCCAAGUUUAUAGGUUGACAUUGUUUUUUCAUUAAUUUAUAAUAACAGAAUUUGCCUCUGACCCUGUUGCUUCUUUAAUGUUUGUGAAUUUAAAUGAUAAAUUCCUGUUGUUUUGGUUUAGCAUUUCUAUUUAAUGUAUUUUUUUAUAUAUAUAAUAAAAAAUAAUAGUAU